GGGCCCUGCCGGAGAUGCCGGCACCAGCUCCCCCUCGGGGAGCCCGCCCCGCUGCUCCGGGCCGCCCGGCAGAGUCUCGGGACGCAAGCGGGGGGGCCGAGAUCUGAAAAACCUGGCGAUAAUAGCAAACCUGUGUCCGUGCAAAGGGAUCGGAAAGAAGAAACUCUGCUGUCGGCUGCGCAGAAAGUGAAAGAAGCUGGAAGAGACUUUACCUAUUUUAUUGUGGUGCUUGUCGGAAUUGGUGUUACAGGUGGUUUGUUCUAUGUGAUUUUUAAAGAGCUAUUCUCUUCUUCUAGUCCAAGUAAGAUCUAUGGACAUGCCCUGGAGAAAUGCAGAUCUCACCCUGAGAUAAUUGGUGUUUUUGGUGAAUCUAUUAAAGGUUAUGGGGAGACAACAAGAAGAGGAAGACGACAGCUUGUCAGUCACAUUGAAUACGUAAAGGAUGGACUGAAACAUAUGCGUUUGAAGUUCUACAUUGAGGGCUCUGAACCAGGGAAGCGGGGAACAGUCCAUGUAGAAGUGAAAGAGAAUCCUGAAAGAGGAAGAUUUGAGGUCCGCUACAUAUUUGUGGACGUUGACACCUAUCCUAGAAGAACCAUUGUCAUAGAAGACAACAGAUAGCCAAUAAUCAAAGUUGCCGCCUCAUCUCGUUGAGUAUUGGAUGAUACUGGUGUAGCCAGUCUACACAUAAAUUGUUUGGUGUUCUCGAUUGUAUCUUGCAGCUUUGGGGUUGUGUUACAGGAUGUACGUAGCCUCUCAGGGCCUCCAUUAAGGUCUUUCAUAAUAACAGAUACAAGAUUUGAAGUGAAGCCAAUGGAAAAUAGUAGAGCCAUCGCUUACGGCAAAUACUUCUGACACAGGAAAAUAAUGGCUCAUAAUAAACAGUUUAAUGCUGGAUAAUACUUCUACACACCCAAAAACUGAGUCUUCCAAUAUUUUAGGUUUGGAUGGGGAGGUUUUUGUCUUCCUUUGCUUGGAUUUCCCACUAGCACUGCAAUAAAGAAAGUGGUAUUUUAAGUGUAG